GAAGCUGUCGCUGUUCGUUGUCACUGUCAGUGCGUUGUCAACCAUUAUGGCGUAUGUAUAAGUUUUGUGUUUUCUUCGGCGGGGUUUUGUAUCGUAUUUUUUGUGAAAAUCGUGUGUUUUUAUGCCAAGGAUUCGGCAGACAGUUAUUCAUUUAUUCAGAGCUUCCCUCUACACUUCCUCUCGACUCCCUACCUACGGGGCGUGCUCAACAAAUAUCCAUUUUCUCUCCACUACCAUUCCUACAACAGUCUACCACCAUGACGUAAUUCGGUCCAGAUCCAGCGCUCUCUAGGCCUGACAACGCGCGCGCGCCGUUGCCGGCUCUAUCCCGUUUUCCAAUAUGACGUCCUUCAUGUCGAAAAAGAAAAAGUACAAGUUCCAAGUGGAGAUCUGUCUGGAGGAGAUGUUGGCUGUGCCGUUCGUAUCCGCCGUGCUUUUUGCCAAGUUGCGUUUACUGGACGGCGGCAGUUUUCAGGACCAUUCUAGCAGGCAAGAAGUUCGGGACCACAUGGUGCACUGGAGUUCCCAUUUUUCUUUUCCCUGCAAAAUGAUGGCGAACGCUUCAACUGGAGUAAUGGAAAAGUGCAUCUUACGAAUUUCCAUCCGGAAAGAAUGCAAAGGAGGACGAAGUUUUACGAAGUUGGGUUUUGUGGACCUCAACCUGGCGGAAUACGCCGGCGCCGGAGUGAUACACAAAAGAGCCCUUCUGGAAGGUUACGACACACGUCACAGGCAAGACAACAGCAUGCUCAAGUUUCGUAUCCAGCUCAAUAUGAUCUCAGGGGAUAUAUUGUUUAAAGCGCCUUCCCCAUCUCUUAAGCAUAAGCAAACUUUAAUGGAAGAUGCCACUACAGAUCAACGAUCAGAUGAAUUCUCCAGCGGUUCCUUGGCCGGCUCCAUUAACAGUGGCAGUUCCGGAUUCGGUAGUUUACCGAAAAAACGGCCUCCUCUAAUGUCUUCAGAUCUCGUGAUAGGCCAAACCCUGACGGAAGGAAGUUUGACCGCUCCCACGCCCACCGACCAAUCAGGAAACGAGCUGGUCCCGCCCAUCGUGCAUUGCGAACAAGCGACCGACUACGCCGGCCCUGGUCACGCCCAGGAGCCGGGGCACAGUCGCAAUUCGUCCAAUACGAGCCAGAUGUCGCGGGCGUCGGGCUACAGUAGCAUAUCCCACAGUCGCCAGAGCAGUAGUGGCGAUUCGGCCGCAGGACAUAUCAGGAACGCCUUCCAGCACCAGUCGCUUCGACGGCCCUCCUCCAAAUUCCAACGCACCUACACCCUCCCCAAACACCGCAUUUACAUUCCCAACACCAUCCUGUCGGAGUCUUUCGGUUCUCGCGCUUUGGACACGUCCACGCCCGAAGUUUUUCACACGCCUCAAGGGAGUAUGGGCGGGGCCGACGAUAUUUCGACCAGCCCUCUGGCUAGUCAGCAACCGGAAGUGUUUCUCACGCCUCAAUGUGAUAAGUUUUCCACUCCCCCGAAGUAUACGACCCAAAAAAGCGAACCUAAUGGGACACUCAGUGACGUGGAGGACGUUUUUGGAACUCCUGACGAGUCUUUUACCGUUAAAACGGACGUGUUUAGCCGAAAUUUUAACGCGUUACAAAAGAGCGCUUCGAGUAGUGUCGUUGAAAGAAUACGUAACGAUUUACCAGGCCAAGGACCGGUAUUCGUCGCGAAUACCAUUAACGGUGGACAAAAACCUAGUAGCUGGCCUCCGUAUUGUGAGAGAAAAUCGGACAGUGGACUGCGCUACUCCAAAAGUGACUUUCAGAUUCCGAAAAUCUCGCCAAACCCACCUCGAAAGGAACGAUCGAUUUCGAAUAUAUUAGCGUCGUUUUUAACGCCACGCCUACCGCGAAAGGGCGGGGCUAACACCCAAUCCACGCCCAUAAGUAACGGUCUUAGUUUGUUCCCCCCCACCAAUACUUUAUUGUCCAAUCAGGAGUCGAGGGCCGUCUCGAUGGGCAAUUUGAAAGCGGGCAACGACGGGCUUUUGCUGGUUCCAGGACCCAUGGACAGGAAUCCCAGCUCCGGUAGUUUGGCGACGAGCAGCGAAGGGGGCUCCCUGGAAAGGGCUAAGGCUACCUUCGAAAGGAGGAAAAAGCUGAUCAAUGGCCAAGACGACGGGGCCGGUACCGUAUCGUGCAGAGUUGAGAACACCAGGGUGAACCCCGUCGAUUUUAUAGACGAACUGUUGAAAACCACCAAUUUGGAACAGCACGAUGGUUCUGCCGAGACAUCGCGUCUUCAACUUUUCAUAGCGAAAGAUGGGACUGCUGCUGUGGGAAGUCAGGACGUUAAGUCACAAAUGUCAACCGGGAUGAACAUGUUUCAACAAGUGGUAAUGGACGAUAGGUAGUCUUCAACGUCGUACUAGACUCAUUGAAGUCUAGGGAAAUAAAACAAAAAAGCUCCUUCCUUAUUAUUUUUUCUCGUACAAUAAAAGAAUUUUUUAAUAAUCAUCUUACUUUGUGUGAGAAGGACCAUCAUCGUAGAAACAUUUUUAAAUGAAUAUUUGUAUCUUUUAACGAAGAAAUCAAUUCAGGUUGUGUAAUACAUACAUAUAUACAUAGUUAUUUAACCGUUAAGGAAUAAAAUGCCUAGUUUUUGGCGAUUAUAUAAGAUUUUUACUAAAAAACAAACGUUUUUUUAAAUAUUUAUCAGAUCGAUGAUUAUAUAUGUACAUAUACAUUAUGAGUGUGUUCCAGUGAAAAUGUAGUAUAUUAUUAAAUAAUUAUUACUGGUUAAGAUCUGACCAACAGUACAGUUAGGAUAUCUUUACAGUUCUGUAUCCAGAAAUAUACGUAGCAGUAUAAUCACACAACGUGUUGAUUGUUGAAUAAUUUGUAAGAUAUUAAAGUAACAGAAUGAGGGGAGAUACAUUUUCAAAAUGCUCUGCCAGAUACAUAUUUGUAUUGUCAAUGCAAAUUAAUUUAGUACAAUUUUCGUACUUGAUGAGACCCAAUAUUUUAUUCUUUUGCGAAUUGUGUCAUCUAGUGUCAUUAAACCAAAAAGAUUGCCUGAUAAUAUCUAAUUACCUAUUGAUUGAACCUGAACACUAUACAAGGUCUAGAAAGAUGUCUGGAUAUUUUGCAACUGAAACAAAUCUAAGUAAAAAAUGUUAUUUUUUGAAAAAUACUACGGGAUAGUAAUCAGGGUUCUUAUGUUUUAAACAUUUUGUUUAAAAACAAGUGUUUUUUAAACGUGUUAAACACAAUUACUUGUUUUAAAUAAUUAUUUAAAGCUGUUUUAAACAUCUUUGACGUGUAGGUGUUCUUCUUUCCAUAAACAAAUAAGAACACCUUUCUACAAUUUAAUAAAAAACAAUUUUAAUACAAAA